AUGCCUGUAUCGCAUUUGCUAGGAUAUGGUGCAUCUGAAUUGAAAGAGAUUGCUGAUAAUAAAGCUAAAAUACAUCCUCAAAAUUUGGCAUUUAUUGGUGUGCGAAGUUAUGAACCACCUGAAAUUGAAUUGCUUGAAAAAAUUGGGGUCCGAAUAUUUUUUAUGGAACAAGUGCAAAAAAGAGGAAUACACGAUGUGCUGAAAGAAGCUAUUGAAAUUGUCUCAAAAAAGACAAUUGGAUUUGGUUUGAGUAUUGAUAUAGAUGGAUUUUCACCAUGUGACGCUCCAGCUGUUGGCACUCCCGUAUCUGGUGGGAUUAACGCUAAAAAUUUCAUGGAUGCAAUUAAGAAACAGGAUUUGUCAUUAUUGUUGGCCACUGAAAUUGUUGAAUUUUUGCCUGGUUUCGAUGAUGAAUAUCAAAAAAGGCUGAUUAAUAAAAUGUGCUCGCAACCAAAGGUACUGGCUCGAAACCUAUCAAGAGGAACACAGGAAGCUUUCUGCACGCGCAGCGAGGUAUUAGCCGUAUCAGCGUGGAACGUCAGAACGCUUGUGGACGUUGCAAGACAAGCGAUCACUGUCCACACCCUGUCUAACUAUCGUGUGGAUAUCGUCCGCUUGUCAAAGGUUUGUGUUCCUUACUUUGGAUCUCGAGCAAUUAUUAAUCCUGGUUUAGAGCAGAGAUACUGGCUAUAUCACUGUGAUGCUUCGAAUAACUCGGGACGAAAUGGCGUAGCGAUUCAUGUCUCACAAGAUCCAUUCCGCUUUGAUUGA